AUGAAAUGUCUUACUACGAAGAAUCCCAAACACAUCUCAUCCCUCCCGCAGGAAUUGCUCCUAGAGAUAUCAUCAUAUCUAGAUUCUCAGUCAGCCAUCUCUUUUUCUACCACAUGCCGCUAUCUACAACCAUCAGCAGAAAGCAGGAUAUGGCGCGACAUUCGAAUCACUGAGAAACAGAUAUUUGGUGAUCUUAGUAAAGCCAUCAAAUCCGAUUAUUUCUCCUGUUCCUUCGAUGAUACAAGUAAUGAAGAAGAAUUACAGCAGGAUCUAGUUGAUGAUCUCGCCAGAACUCACUCCGGAGCUUGGGCUCUGAAAUCGCAAGCUUUGCUAUUUCAUUUGAAUUACCUUUUGGAGCGUUACGAGUGGCGAAAAAGUUAUUUCAAAAGGCUGACUCUAGACCUGAGGCACGAGAUUCCUCGACAGCUCGUCGAUUUUCUCAAGAGCUUACCAAGUUUAGAGAAACUUUCAUUGAAUUUUCCCGAAUACCCUUCGAGUCUACUUGAUGAUCACCGUCUACCAGGAUUUAUCAAUUGCCUGACCUUAUUCCAGUCUCUCGAGAAGACGCCUUUGGACCGAUUGAAAGAUGUCGAGGUGUAUCUGGUAUACGAUUGGAAUGAUACGAUACUUUCCAUUAUCCGAUCCGCACCAAAUUUGAGAAACCUUCGUAUAGACGGUCAAACCCUACAUACGAAGCAGUUUAAAUUAUUCAAUCAAGAUAUCCAAAGUAUUCAGCGGGAAUUGAACUUGAAAAGCCUCGUAGUGAAAGAGAUGCACCCAUUCUUCGUACCGACACUUAGAACUAUCAUUAACUCAUCCCCACAUCUCGAGAAAGUGUCGCUGAAAGAUGAAUUUUUCAAAUGGAGACCGAACGCACACAAUCCUUUAUUGGAAAGUCUAGCCAAAGCUGACAACCUGAAAGAAUUGGAGGUAUCUUCGAAUUGCUUUGAUGCGCUGUGCGAACUUGACGGGUGGAAGAAUGUGGAGGAUUUGAAAAUUGGUUGGAGUACGGUCAUGCUGAAAGAAAGGGAAAAUUAUGGAAAGGUAACAAUCCCAUAUAUCAUACCACCUCUACCGAAAUUGCACAGAUACCAAAUAAAAGUAUCGUACUACACGGCAUCCACUCAGGGAUACGAACAUCUCACAGAACCAUCUCUGAGUAUCUUGGCGAUACUCUUGUCCCGUCUACCCCAGGAAUUGGCGGCCACUCCGGAAUUAAGACUGAUCACUUAUGGUGAUAGUUCGAGAUCUCAGGAGGGCGAUACAUGGGAUUGGCAGGAUGAAGAAUUUCAAGGAUUGAUCAUCUACUCCUAUGCCAACAAUAAGGGAGAUGAAUUGUUCCAUUAUAGAUCAAAAUCCCAACACCCCUCAAACAGAUCGGUAAAUAGGCCUAGAUGGAUGGGAAAUUCUGCAGGAUGGGAAGAACAUGCAUAUUAUAAUGGGAUGUCAAUACCGAUCAGAUUACUUGCUGGUAUUUAUGGUGUAGCGGGCAUGACAUCAACGGGAAGCGAGCCUGGAAGAGGACUAGAUAUGAAAUCAGAAGGUUGGGAUCUAUUGAAAGUUUGGGAGAUGCAGCAAGAAAGCUGGACGUAG